CAGACUCCAUAAAAUAUUAUUCUAGAAGAAACAGAAGUCUCAGAGCUUGAAGCUUAUGUAAAUGCAUGGAAGAUGGGCAACACAAUCAGAGGAAUCAUUGCUUUCAUCCCUUCUAACACCUGUCAAAAAUACCUUUUUGGAGACUUGGAAGAAAUGCCUAUUGAUAAGAUGGUUGAUUUGAGCAGUAUGCAGCUGAGGAGGUUUCCGCUAAAGGUAUGUGCAUUUACAGAACUUAUCAAGUUAUACUUGAGUGACAACAAUUUAAACAACCUUCCUCCAGAACUUGAACUCCUGCAGAACCUCCAGAUCCUUGCCUUGGACUUUAACAAUUUUAAGGUUCUUCCACUAGUUGUAUGCAGCUUAAAGCAGCUAUCGAUAUUAUACCUUGGAAAUAAUAGAAUUAAAGAUCUUCCACAGGAGCUCUGUUACCUCAAGAACCUACACACUCUUUGGAUUGAAUCAAAUUAUUUAACAAAUUUGCCGCUUGUCAUUUGUGAACUGACUCUCCUGAAGACACUUCAUGUUGGCUGCAAUCCAAUUCAUAAUAUGCCCAAGGAGCUGAAAAAUCUAACAGAAUUGCGCAGCAUUUGGAUGUCAGGGAGUCUCCUCACAGAAUUCCCACCUGUUUUACUAGAAAUGCCUUUCCUGGAAGUUAUUGAUGUUGACCGAAAUGGUAUAGGAUUUUUCCCAAGUCUGGUGCACCUGACAGGAUUGAAGCUUGUUAUCUACGACCAUAAUCCAUGUAGAAAUGCUCCUAAAGUUGCAAAAGGGGUUCGAAGAGUGGGCAGAUGGUCUGAAGAGAGCCCAGAACCCAAGAAAAAGUUUGAAGUGGAAGCAGAGCUUGAAAAGGCUUCAGAGAGUCAAGAGACACAACCUGCAGCACCUAAGGAGCUUCCAGCUCAGAACAGUGAUAAUCCACAAGAGGCCACGUCUAAAUUAAUCUGAUUGUAUAUUAAAUCCAAAUAAAAAACAGUAUGGACUUAAUAUGUUCUAAAAUUAUGGAUUAUUUAAAUGACUUUAGACUAAAUUAAACAAUGCUCAUUACUAUGAGGAAAUCCAAGUUCAUUUUCUGUAAGUAAAGCUAUUAUUGGUUGUGAAAAUAAAUGUUCAUUUCUUCUUUGAGCUACUAACUUUAUUUUUCAAAAUGUUACAUUUUUGUGAAUUCUAUUUAAUAGUAUUGCACUAAGUGACAUAACUGAACAAAGAAUUAUAAAGCAGAUGCACAGCC